CCGCUGGGUAAGGUUAUUACAAGAAAUCCGGGGAAGUUCGUAGGGUAGCAACGGGCUGCAUCCAAGUGCCCGUGUUUUAGUCCAGUUCGGGAAAGAAAGGCCCAAGGCCCCUCCCUCUUCCUUGUCGUCAUUCGGGCGUGUUCGGGUUGAAUAAGAGUGAGGCUCCACUGAGAAAGAGAAUAUAGAAAGUAUUGAUGCCCAUUUAUUUCUCCAACUCGCCCGCUUUCCCAUAAUCACUACUACACUAUGUCCUCGGCAAUAACCUCAUUCUCGUCUCUUCCCUCUUCCUCCUAGAAUGCGCCAUAGUCUAGGGUGCCUGUCACCCUGCAAGUUGUGCCAUGCCUUGGGCGGCGACUUGGUCAACCAACAGCAGGCCUCCCUUUGCCCCGCCAUAUCUUGUCUCGGUCACUGUCCGAACGGGUAAUGGGAUGUCAUGUUAAUUCAUCUGAACGCGAGAGGACGAGCGUUAUUUCUCUUCUCUUUUAUUACUUUUAUUGCCAUGAGUUGAAGCGUUUCGUUGAUGCAUCCAUCUCCCGGCCAAAGUCAAACAAACUCCUUCGCCAUGUUUCAACAAACCGGUCACGCCCGAAUAAGUCUGAUCCAUGGAAUAGCUCAACCCUCGCGGUUAUAGCCCAGCAGGCUCCCUCUCUUAUUCAUACCUAUGGCAUCAAUAUGCUAUUGCCUAUGCCUGUUAUAGUUCAACAGUGGACCGGCUUGUGUCAAGCGCCGAGUCCAGUCUGGAGCCUCGUCUCAGUAUUGCCCUAACAGCCGCCAUCUCCGACGACUCCAGUUUCAUAACGGAAGAUGCUACAUUGGGCCUUGACGAAACACCAUGAUAUCUCCAUUCCACCCAAUCAUGUCGGAUUGUGCGCCACAAAACAAGCGACUACGCGAGUGAGCUCGAACAAAGCCAGUUUGACCCAAGACCUUCGGCUGAAACCCAGCAUGAUAUAGUGUUGCAAGCGCAACUCUGCCUUUCAAAGUAUUGUCCCCAUCUGUUGACGGCUCUGGUGACUUUCCCAUCGUUGCAUCGCAUUUCGUUCCAUCUCUCCUUUCCCUUUUUCGCCAUUAUUCUCUUCUAAUCGCACAUACCGCUGAACUACGUGCAGUAGUAUGCGUCUUGGUUGACCCAAGAUCUCAUUCGUUUUCCUUUCACUUUCCUAGCCUCAUCUACUCUUCGUUACACUCGUUCUAAUACUAAUGUCGCUUUCAUGACGAACAAUCACCGUCAGGCCCUGGUUGCGGCCUUUACUUUUGGCCUAGUCGCCCAUGCUGGUAUAGCCAGUGCCUUUCUUCUUCUAAAUAAUCGUGCUUCCAAAAUCAUUCGAGAUGCUCCGAGGCUGGCCCUCAUCGCGUUCCUUAUUUCUUCAGCCCUGUGGGCUCAAAUCGAUUUCUUCGCCUUUUUACUUAAUAUCAACUCUAUGCCAGGCUGUCAGAUCAUGGUUACCUUUGCAUCAACAUUCGAUCAGUUCGCACGAGUGUCCAUACAACAGAGUCUAUUAUGGAUCUUCAGCACCCACAGUCUUGCAUCUCUCACUGAGAUAGGCGUCAUGCAAGGAUUUAUUGUCUUACGACUUGUUCUUGGAGGAGUCUUCGUGGGGAUUCAGCGCCCACAGCUGAAUACUAUCUGCCUGACCCAAACGUCCAUUCUACCGGUUGGGAUUACCGUCUCUGUUGUCGACACUGCUUUCGUCGCUUUCCUCCUCAUCAGAGUUAUCUCUCGCGGUGUCUAUUCGGAGACCCAAAGAGGGGCCAUCAGUCCUCGUCAGUCUCGAGCGGUUGCUCUCGUUGUGUUGGGUUUGAUCAUAUGGACAGGAACUAGUGCUCCUUUGAUGCUGAGCAUUCAGCCCAUGGCCAUUGUUGUUCGAACAACUGUGCCUUCAGUAGGUCUAUUGAUACUAAUCGGGAUACUCACUUUGUUCCAAGAUCGACUUUUCUCCGACAACUCAAAGCACAUACAAUCAGCGGACGUCAAUGAUUUCGAUGCCUCGCGAGACUUCAGCACACGACAGAUAACCAGUGCGGAUAUCCGUCGCCCGAGGAGUUAUGACGAGAUAGCGAGAACAUCUGCAGCUGAUUUCACAGGAGCAUCUAAACCUUGGCCAGUUCCCGCAGAACCCAAACGAGAGCUACCUUUGAUCACGAUGCCAGCUGCUGGGCAAGCCAACAUUGGAAUGGGUGGUGUUCCCGUGCUAGGCCAACUUUUCCCUCUACCAAGAACUCAGACUUUGCCAAGCUCGACGAAACCUGAAAGCUCUCGACAGAUCUUGCACCAGGCAAAUUUGAGCACAUCUAGCUCCGGAUCUAGCUCUAAUUCCAGGACCUCAGCUUCCAGCCAGGAGAACUGGGCCGACACCGUCAAACUGGCCGAAUCUCAACACAGCUCUUUGUCUUCAGAGAGUACAGCGUCCGCCACUACUUCAGCUUUCUUGUCACCGGGGACGGAGGAAGUCCGGCGACGAUCCCCUCGGCAGUCUCCUCGACAUUUGCCAUCGCCAGCCCUUUCAAUCUUUCCUCGUACGACUCCCACCACGUUGCAAGCACGCACACCCACCAAAGCCGGAGGAGAAGCUGUCGUGAACUUUUCUUUGCCCGUCGAUGCAAGAGUACCGCGCCCGUACCAGCCAAUGCGAAAUCAGCCCCCGAAAUCAGCACCUUUGGCCGUUAUUCCCAGAAGCAACGCGAACGAGAUUCUGGCUAAGAGAGAAGACUCUGCAAAAACAUUGUCAGUGGUUCAUCGUCCUCGCCCGAUACCAAGAAAGUCGAACAUCGAUCGCGCCCUCUUCCCAGCAGAAGGGUCUCCAAACCUCCAGCACCACAAGCGAUCACUGUCGUGUGGUUCCGUGAGAUUCAAACAGCCGCAUGACACACCAGCUGAAAUCAAUUACGACUUAUCUCGUUUAAAUGAAUUUGCCAAUGUUCUACAUGCCAACAUCCCAACACCAACCGAAACCGACCGUAUCACGAGGCGACGAUCACGAUCUAUGGUUGAGCUACCGAUAUUACCAGCUGAUAUCGAGUUCAAGCCGAACCGCAAUGAAGCCAAGCCACAGAUCGACAAGUCAAAUACUCUGACCGCUCCCACCAAGACGCCAGCAAGCCUUACUUUAGGUGAGACAUCGAUUCAAUUUCCCAAGAGUCCUCAGCCUACAACUGCUCAACUUCAUGAUGAGCCAGUAUCUGCGACAAGCUCAUCUUGGCGUGACCCGCAUGGAAAGGGAUACGGUCGACGAUCUUCGCCUAUUCUGCCAGUUGAAGACCUGAGCGCACUCACGCCUUCCACGGUUAGAGAUGAUGAUUUUGCCCUUGACGCGGAUAUCAGGUCGCCUGCGAUGCAGGUCCACGUGCAGAGGGCCCUGACGGUAACAGUUACGGCAAAACAUCAACAACAGAGUGGACUCCGAGUUGCGGAGACUCUAUCAGCAUCGAGCGAUGAGAGUCCUCAGGAGCCCUUACCCUUGACUGUGCACAAGCCAUCUGCCGAAGCCAAUGUCGGCUCUGAAUCGGAGUUGCGACGAGCCGAGGACUUGCACCUCACCGCAAAACAACAUUUCUGGCCAUCACAAGUGGGGGAAACCCGUCCAGCAACUUUCUCAGACAGGGGAUACACGACAAAGCCGCGUCGGAGUCUUCCGCCAGCACCGCUGGUUCUCCGCCGGACCGACAGUUUCUACGCUGAGCCAUCGCCCGUGGAAUCCGACCUUUCUGAAGAGGAUGUGGUGGGAAUUUUCCCAGACAGGACCCAUUUUGGUUCUCCAGGCUCAUCUUAUCAGAUAGCGGAAAAUGAUAGACUGGCACUGUUGACAAAUCUGGAACUGGAGCUGAACGAACAGGAACACCAAUGGCAAACCAUUCGCCAUACCAUGCACGUUCGUGAUUCGCUAUCAACUGUGGGAACAUCUCCUAGCCGAGAUUCGCGAUAUGGGUAUGGAAGUGCACGCCUGUCAAAGGUUGCCCAGCAGCGAGGUCAGCUGGAUGCAGACUACGACAUUCUGGCGCUUUUCCCCCAGGCCGACUUGAAGUCCAGGACAAAACUGGCGGCUAGCUCGACAUACCCCAGGUUUACGAAUUCAUUAGCAACACCUACCCCUCCUGAUACUGAUGAAGAGAGCGAAUACGCCGAAGAUCAUGAGGAUGUCAUUGGUCACGCCCAGAUCAGUCCUGCCAAGGCGGCCAUGGUGCUGUGGCGCCCCAUAGCUUCCGUGCAAGCGGUUACUAGCACUAGCACUGCACCGUCCCUCUGGACCCCGGCUCGCAGGCCACUGAGGGAAAUCGCGCCAGUGGAAAUCCCAGGAAGGUCAAUUCGAGGACCGGUGAGGAAGGACAUGAGAUCUCUCGUGAUUGAGAGCUCAAGACUUUGGGAGAAACCUGAAUCAAAGACCGAGGUAUCCAAUAACGGACUUUGGCAGCCAGUAUCUCAAGUCAAAACCCAAGUGGUGGAAGUUAAGGUCCAGCAGUCAAAGCCUCCCCGCAACCCCCCGCGUCGCAUCAAACGUGUCACUAUGCUGCCAGAUAUCCUGGAGAGUCCAAAACCACUCCCUGAUAGGCGCGGGACACUUGGGAUCUUCCAAUUCCCAUGGGGUGAUCGGUCAGACUGUGCGACAAUAACACCGAUGUUCAUGCCUGGCAUGACUUAUCAACCUGUGGUGGAUGGGGGUAUGCAGACGCAGAUGCAGCAUAGCGGCUCGGUGUUUGACAUGGAGGACUACGAGCAGGAUGACGGGGAGUACUACGAUUCGAGCGAAACGUACGAUAGCGACGAUGAGGAUUGUUUCGAGCUGGCCCAGCCUGUACCCCAGCCAACGGACACGUAUUUCCACGGAGCCCCGCCUGAAAAAAUAUCAACUUCUCACGAGGACGAACUAAAACCUCAGUCAAUUGCUGAACAAGGCAUAGAUUCGGAGCUUUUGAAACAUUGCGAGACUUCCGAGGAUGGUUAUGCCAAGGAUGUGCAGAUGCAGAUGCACGACAGCGGCAGAGAUGACAAAGCCAAUGAUCGGACAAGUCUCCGUACACAGACCCAGGUAAAGUAUGACGAAGAUGGAGACGCCGACAGCGAGAGCGAAAGCCCACAGGCUGGAGAUUACAGCGCAAAAGCCGGUACAGCAGUUGGUGCUCCCCCCACCUCAACAACCACCAUAGCGAUGACGAUUGCGGAUAUGGAUCUCCGGGAGCACGUCUCUGAGAAAAAUCGAAUCAGGGUCCGCCAGCAGCCGCAAUUUGGGGGUCGAGUUGCAUCAAUAAGCAUGCCUGUGCCGCUGAUGGCUCGUUGCUUAUUGAUGGACGUGGGUCGAAAUGAACAAGACUGGGCUGGCGCACCAAUCACCGACGGCAAUGGCACUCAUGGGACGUCCAAAUCCAUCUUAGGCCCCUGCACUGACAGGGAGUCUAAGUCCCGUGGCGCCCCAGGCGCAGGGCAUCCGCAACAGCACCACCACCAGCAGGCAACGCUUCUGUUCCGUUUCUUAGAGGAUUCCAUUUCUAAGCCAGCCGACCUUAAGCUUGAUUGUGACUCUCCGACUCCGCAGCCGCUAAGUCCGCUCGUCAUUUACAAAUCCGAAACCCCGACACGCCGGCGACAAAUCUUGGUUAUUAACUUGUUGUAUCCUCCAUCAAUUCCCACCCAGUCUUCUCUUCAGCAAACAACAAACUAUCCGAACAUUUCCAUGGCUCUGUGGACUCCUAGCACCCCUGUCUCACGUCCCAACAAAGGACUCCCUCAACCCGACGACUCUACCUGGAACUCUUAUAUUCCUGCUGGUGAGGCUGCACGCCUCCUCCCUGCAAAGGCCGACAUGCCUUCUAUCAAAAGCAACUCGCUCUGGACCGCCCCUGUCAAGAAGGCGCCUUUCAACAACUUCGGACUUUGGGGAACCACACAACCGCUGCCAGGCAUGUGGACUCAAUCGCCAUUCAACACCAAGAUCUCCUACGGUCUUCCCCAGCCUGAUGCUGAAACUUGGGCAACCUAUCUCGUCGUCGAGGACGAUGCUACCCGAGUAAAGCCUAGAGAGGCCGAGCCUCUACCUGUAGAUAGCACCUCCUUGUGGACUCCUGCCAUCCCCGUUAUUUCCAAGAUCGUUUCCGAGGAUGGUCUCUGGAGCGGAUCAAACUCCGCACCUUCGCUCAGCGGCUCCGAACCCUCUACACCUAGCGAGACCUCGGCGGUCAAUUUUGGCUUGUGGGAGCCUCUUGCCGCUACUGCUUCCAUUGAUGAUGAAGAGCCGAUCGGCCUGUUUAGCCUCAGCCACCGGCGCACCGACUACCGCACAACGAAAUUGGCGCCUGCUGCUCAGGGUAUGGAACGCUCACCACGAAGAGCUCUAGAGGCCUUCCCCGAUUUUGGAUUUACCCACCUCUGGAACAUGGCCCCUCUCUGGGAUUCCAAGGCCAAUGCCGCCGCCGUUCAGUCGCAGCGUGAGAUUGAUUCGUUGGUUUUGGAGGGCCUAUUCAGCCUGAAUCAUCGCCGAAACAACUUCCGUACUACGUCCGAGAGCCCCGCAGCGCUCGAGACCCGACCCAAGCAGCGCAUCUCGCAGCAAUCUCUGCCGAAGCUCAACACAGAUAGCCUCUGGUCUGUGCGUGCAUCUAGCCAGGAUGUUACCGAGAUCAAUUGGCUUGCUCUCUCCACAGUCCGACCGAGAACUGCCUCGGUUGUGUCUUUCACUGAUAGCGAAUCCGUCGUUUCUGACGUGCCCGCUCUCACCAGGGCUUCCUCCAUCAAGUCAGAGAUGUCCCGACCUGCCGCUACACCCGCUGAGUGGCUCGCUGCCUUGGACGAGGCCAUUAGACUUGGAUCUGGAAAGGCCCCAGAGAUGGACACCGAGGAUCCUUGCGCACCUGACUCCGACAACUACCAGCUCUGGUCCAAGCCUGGUGCUGACAUUGGUGAGCCUGUCAUCGCAUCAGAUGAGCUUUGGAAGCCCUCUACUGCUCGCUUCCUCGAAUUGACGCCCACACUCAGCGAAUUCGAUAAGCAGCAUAUUGCAUCUGGCACUUCUCAGCGCGGUCGGGUCCAGAAGGCCCGCCCCCCGAUGCCCCUCUACCCUGGCUCGUCCUCAUCCGCCUUUCUCCCGGGCGCAAGCGAGACUCCCCGCGACUUCAGUGCACAGGGACUUUGGGUUCGCGCACAGUCUCCUGCUCCUGGGGCUAAGGACGACGGUUCAUGGAUUGACAAGUCUCUUAGAAAGGGACUGUCAUUCGUGCAGCUGUGGUGACGGAACCCUGCAUGGAAAAUAGCAACAACGACAACCCCCGCUAGGUUGGGGUCGGGUUGUGUGACAUGACGUUACGAUCAUCAGAUUUCUCGGACAUGAUUUUGCGAAACUAUAGCAUAAAAUUGCUUUAUACCUUGCUUUCAAAGCGGAUGAUGUUACUAUUUGAACCGCAGUAACAGUCAGUUGGAGGAAAUAGGAGCGUGCUUGACUUGAUUUGGCCUUGGCCUUAGCAUUUGGUUUUAACCGUUUGGCGUUGGACGCGAUAGGUCUCUACAUCGCGGGUGGGUUUUCUUUGUCUCAUUGCGUGCAUUUGCUCACGCCUGCUGUAUGAAUAGCAAACAACACGGCGCAGUCAACCUGAGCCUCAGAAAAGUAUCUUAAGCAUUCGAACUCGAAUGACAAAUCGAUUAAAAUAUCAAUAAAUGACUCGAUACACUUACUAGCCCCUUGCAUUUUGUGUUUAUAUGCCUCAACUUUUAAGCCCUUC